AUGCUUUCGAUUAAUAUUCCAAAACAUACCACGCCCGAUCAGUAUGAGUUGGGCGAAGUCCCAUCUCUAGUCGUGGAGCGACCCACAGACAUCCUGAUCAAGGUCCAGGCCGCGAGUAUCAAUCCGAUUGACGUUAAAAAGGCAUCGGGAGCAACCAAGGCUGUUCUAAAAGAUAGGUUAGAGCUUUGCGUUCCUCUAUUUCUGACCCGUGAUUCUGAUUUCGUCGUGCUUAGCUUCCCGUAUAAAAUCGGAUAUGACUGUGCGGGUACAGUUAUUGAGACUGGUUCACAGGUUACUCGCUUCAAGGUUGGUGACGAGGUCUUUGUUCGAUUACCAGAAUGUCAUCGAGGUUCAAUGAGUGAGCUGGCGCGUUCGACUGAAGAAUUUGUCGCUCUGAAACCGAAGGGUCUUUCGAUGGAAGAAGCGGCCUCGAUUCCAUUGGCGUCUAUGACGGCGUUGCAGGCGCUGAGAGGUUAUGAAGGGGAUCUUGAAGGGAAGACCGUUUUCAUACCUGCUGGUCUUGGGGGCACUGGUCUUUUCGCAUGUCAGUUAGCGAAGAACAUCUUCAAAGCCGGGAAGGUGAUUACUACAGUUUCAACAGCAAAAGUACCCAAGGUCAAAGAACUUCUAGGCGAAGGCGUCGUGGACGAGAUCAUUGAUUACAGGAAAUCUGAUCCGAAGAAUGUAAUUCCGCCGCGCUCUGUAGAUUUCAUCUUCGAUACCACAGGCAAUGCGAUGGAUUAUCUAUCUCUGGUCCGAGAAAAAGGGGCCAUCAUCACGGUCUCGAUACUCACAUCGGGAGAUGUUCUCCAGAAUUCUAGCGUCAUGCGCCGAUCCCCGGAUAAACAGGACAAGGCCACUGUGCCAUUCCCUAUCCGUAUAGCUUUGAAUAUCAUGGAUCGAAUCCGGGUAGCGCGGGCAUCGCGUUAUGGCGUUAAGUAUGCUUCUAUCUUUUUGGAACCGAAUGCCACCGAUCUAGAUUCUAUUAGGGGGUGGGUGGAGGCUGGAAAAUUGAAGACGAUCGUGGGGACAAGGGCGAGUUUUAAGGGGAUUCAGGCGGUUAGGGAUGCUUGUCAGGUUGUUUACGAUGGGAAAGGUGGUGUUGGGAAAUCUGUGAUUGUAUUUGAAUGA